CCUAAUCCGAUAGCUUCAGGUGCACUCUAGGCUCCGAUGCAAAGGAAUAAUGACACCGAGGUGGUCUCUCUUCUCAGGGAACUCGUUAACGAUAGGAGGGAAGAGAAGAACAGACGACGGGGUGAGGAGGACCGGCGCCGAAGAGAAGAACAGGUCAGGAUUGAGCAGGAACGGCAGAGAAAGAGGUUGGAGGAGAAAGAAGCUCGACAAGCUGAGAAGGAAGCAAGGAUGGCUCAGAUUAUGAACAAGAAGCUGGAAGAACUGGACAGGCAACACCAAGCAAGGACGCAGGAAGAGCAUAUGAAGAUUUGGAGGGAGCUUGAGAAAGUAGUAGGAGAUCCGAAAUGUGGGAAACAACCGGUUAGAGACGAAGCGGAUAACAAGAAGAGAACACAAGAUGAGAUAGGAGGUUCUCCACCGGUUCUACCUACCCAAGGUAAACCACGAGUAGAGGAGAACAUGAAGAAUCCGGAGCCACGUCUGUCGGGCCUGGAUGUCGGACUGUUGUUAAUGGAGAUUGACAACGUCCAGAGAGCACAAGACACACAGUUCGGCCUGAUACAACGAAUGAUGGCAAUUGUCGAGAAGCUAAGUUCUACAGCUCCAAAAGGUGUUGUGACACAAGGGGUCGCCCAACCACGCACAGACCCCGGACCUUCUGACCCACCUCCACCACCACCCCCCACUCCGAUGAGUUCGAACCAUCCGCCCCCUCCCCCUCCCCCACCUCCUCCACCCCCACCUCCUCCACCUCCACCCUAUCCCAGGAAGACUGUUCCAGGAUCUGCAGGACCAAGCACAUCACGAGGUAAGACCGCUGAUAGCAAGACACCUAUAGCAAACGGAUUCUCAGCUAGACUGGCAUACAUGUUUGCAUCUGUAGUCGGGGACGGGAUAAGGAGACGUUCUCGCUCUGUCUCCCCACCUCGAAAGGAGACGGUAGACCAACCUCUUGGUUUUGAUCGAGUGAAUCUCGGGAAGAAGGCGGCGGUUGCAUCCGUGGGCAAGGAAGGAAGAAUCAAAUACGUGGAGGCCUUGAAGAGGGAGAUUCUGAACAAGACAAAGUAUCAACUCGAAUCCCUUUGCAAAGCUAACAAGAUCAAAUACUACAACAAGAAACAGGCGUCUGCUGAUUUGGCUGAAAUAAGUGCACGGGACGCUUAUGAAGACGACUCGGAAGAGGAAGGACUUGAUAAUAUUGCACUGCACAUUCAGGAGGAGAAUCCCUCCUAAGAAUCGGUAAAAUCGGCACUGAUGGGGAACUAUUGGAGGAAAACACGUAAACACAGGUCGGAAGUUCGGAAAACAAGUAGAGAAUGGGAGGAUCGCGAAUCUUGGGCACAUUUUCUCGUGAUUACAUUGGUAUGUCUUGGCCAAUUAGCCUGGGCAGGUGGAGGAGCGACUCGUUUUGGUACAAGAUAUCGAGGAGAAGUUAACAAAGUUUCAAAGACAUG